GCUUAACGUAGUCCAGGCCGCCGAGCCCCGAGCGCCUCGAGCGGCGGGCGGUCAUGGCUCUGCUCCGGCGCCGCCUCCCGCCCCUGAGGCUCCCGGCGGCCCCGCUAAUACAGGUAUUUAGAAGGAAUGUGUGCAAGCAGUCCGGAGUAUUGAUUUCAUUACCAGAAGAACAGAAGGCACGUUUGCAAAGUGGACCCGAUUUGCAGGACUUUGUAUCUGGGGAACUUUCGGAUAAGACUAAUUGGGCAAAAUAUAAAGGCAAUUUAAAACGCCAGAAAGGAGAAAGACUAAGACUUCCUCCAUGGCUGAGAACUGAAAUCCCGAUAGGAAAAAAUUACAACAAAUUGAAGAAUACAUUGCGAAAUUUAAAUCUACAUACGGUUUGUGAGGAAGCACGUUGUCCAAAUAUCGGGGAGUGCUGGGGAGGGGGAGAGUAUGCCACUGCUACAGCAACUAUAAUGCUAAUGGGAGAUACUUGUACGAGAGGUUGUCGGUUCUGCUCAGUCAAGACAGCAAAAAGCCCACCUCCCUUGGAUCCUGAGGAACCAUAUAACACAGCAAAUGCGAUCGCUGAAUGGGGUUUGGAUUAUGUUGUGUUGACUUCUGUGGACAGGGAUGAUAUUCCUGAUGGUGGAGCAGCACACUUAGCAAAAACUGUGUCCCACUUAAAAGAAAGGAAUCCAAAAAUUCUAGUGGAAUGUUUAACUCCUGAUUUCCGAGGAGAUCUUAACGCAGUAGAGAAAGUGGCUGUAUCGGGACUAGACGUGUAUGCCCACAAUGUGGAAACAGUUCCAGAAUUACAGAGACAUGUUCGAGAUCCUCGGGCCAACUUUGACCAAUCGCUCUGUGUUUUGAAGCAUGCUAAGAAGGUGCAACCUGAUGUAAUUUCAAAAACAUCCCUCAUGCUCGGUCUGGGUGAAACAGACGAACAAGUACUCUCCACCUUGAAAUUAUUACGGGAAGCUGAUGUGGAUUGUUUGACUUUGGGACAAUACAUGCAACCUACAAAACGUCACUUAAAGGUAGAAGAAUACGUCACGCCCGAGAAAUUUAAAUAUUGGGAAAAGGUCGGACACGACCUCGGGUUCCAUUACACAGCUAGCGGGCCCCUUGUGCGCUCCUCAUACAAAGCAGGUGAAUUUUUCUUGAAAAACUUAAUAGAGAAGAGGAAGGUAAAAGUUAUAUAAAACAAGAGAUAUCUAGAAGUGCCAGUACAGCUUCAACGUUUAAUAUUCCUGCUGGCCACAUAAUGAAGAACCUGUGUGGGACAUUCACCUGGGUUUUGUUGACCUCAGAAUUAAACCUAACAUUGAAGUAUUCAGAUUGUCUUUGAACUCUUAUGUGCUUUAAUAUAGUAAAAUACGUGUUUAAAUGGCUUUACAUUUAUAAUUUUAUGGUGAUAUUUGGGGAGCAUGCCUAAACUUACAUUCAUUGGGGCUUAUUCUCUGUAAAGUGUUCUUAGGAUUGCAGUCUCAGUGAAAUAUCUCAAUAGUUGGGUAAUAUUAGCGAUGGAAUAAAGAACUAAGAUGAACA